CCGAAUACGCUUACACAGCCAGCGACAAUAGAGGCCUAGCCAGGUCAAACACAGCUGCUGGCAGAUGCUGUCUCGACAUGUACCCUGGCGGAACUGCAAAAGCAGCUCUCCUCGGGUGCCGAUUGCGCCAAGGAUCCACCGUGGCGGAUGCUCAUGGCCCUCCAAAGUAGAGGCUGUCUCGAAAGCGCUGCUUCUUGGCGGUUGUUUGAGUCUGCGAAGUCGAUGUGCUAGCGCAGCACAAGGUUGUGAUUCCCCUCCGUGGCACAUUGCUCUCAAUCAGGUGUGGCGACGGGCAGUGGCACGACUGAAGCUUGAGCCAGAGCGCAAGGCAGCUCCGCAAACUUUGGCGCAACGGGCAGCUGCUCGGGCAGCUGCAGGGCUGCCAGCAGCACCAGCUGCAGCCAGGUGGCAGCCGGGAAAUGCGCCAACAUUUUCACCUCCACCUGCACCAAGGAUAGCUCCUGGGCCCAAGGAACCCAAGACAGUGCCUAUCUACUAUCCACCUGAAAUGCGAGGACCAUCCACCGGUAUGGAGUUACCUGAUGGACUCAAGGUCUACAUAGCCACGCCCGCCUAUGGUGGCCAAGUCACGGUGGACUACAUGACCUCGGUGAUCCAUAUGGUCACCCAACUCAAGGAGGUGGCCUGGCAACUGUCGUUGGUGGCCGGGCAGUCAAUCAUCACCGUUGGCAGAAACAAUGCUGUCAUGGAGUUCCUUGGCACUGACUGCACGCACUUGCUCUUCUUGGAUGCAGAUGUUGCUUUCACAGUGGACACCAUUCGGAAGAUGCUUGGUGCAGACAAAGAUGUCAUCCUGGCUCCAUAUCCAGCCAAGAGUCUCAAUGAAGAGAGGAUGCUGGAGGCAGCUGCACGACGAGGUGGCACAGCCAGGUUGCGGGAUGGGCUUCACUAUGUGCUCCAUGCGCAACCUCAACAGGUGCAAACAGCUCUUGAACAAGGAUCAUCUUUGAUUGAGGUAGAUGCUGGACCCACUGGUUGCAUGCUCAUCAAGCGUCAAGUCUUCGAUCGGCUUAUGCAGGCAUAUCCUGACAUGCAUUGUCGCAUCACUGGCUCUCAUGCCGGACGUGCGCAAUGUUACGAUGUUUGGUGGCGCUUCUUUGACACUGCCGUUGAAGGUGGUGAAUUCUUGGGGGAGGACAUUGCCUUUUGCCGCCGCUGGCGGAACAUCGGCGGCACAAUUUGGGCAGACCUGGGAGCAACCAUGACGCAUGUGGGUCGAUAUGCUUACACCGGAAACAUGUUAGAAGCGUCGCCACUUGGCGAGCGUUGAAUACCAUUUCUAGUGCGCCUAGUUGCAAGCUGGAGCAGCUUCAGUCUUCUUGUGCGCAAAAAGACUUCCUGCGUUUGGUCCAUUUGGAAA